CUGUGCUAGAGUGGCACUUUUUUGGUGGCGGAGCUGGAGGAAGCGAUUCCGUGUAGAGUCCGGCGCACUGCACUUGACUCCUCUGCCACAGCCGGGCGGCGGUGACGGAAACCAAGGCCUUCUCUAGUCUUGCUGAGGUGGCACUGUCAUGACAGGGACUACCACCAAAGGCCGACUCUCGAUUCGGGUUCACAAGAAUAGGAAUUAUACAGCUGAGAGUUACGAUGAACUUACUUUAGUGACACAAUGGAAAUUAAUGUAGAUAUCCUAUUAAUAAAAAAAGCAUGUGACUAUUAAAUAUUGAUUUAAUACUAGUCUUGCUGCUAGACAGUGUCACUGAAGGUGAGGGAGCAUGUGUAGCGACAAAGUCAGAUUGAAGGGAAGUAAGAAGGCUGAGAGUUUGGCAGUAAGUGUUUAUUUACGAGGAGGUACAUAUCAGUAAUUGAGAAAGGAAGGCUUCUUACUCAUUUUUGCAUCCCUUUAAGAAUAAUUAAUACGUGGGGCGCCUGGCUGGCUCAGUCAGAAGAGCACAGGACUGUUGAUCUUGGGGUCAUGAGUUCCAGCCCUAUGAUGGGUGUAGAGAUUACUUAAAUAAAUAAACUUAAAAUAAGUAAACUUAAAAAGAAUAAUAACUAAUAGUACUUAUGAGUUAAGCACUGUUCUAAGUACUUUAACAUAUAUAUUAAUUAACUCUCAAAAAAACCCUCUGGGGGAUCUGGACCUUUUGAAGUGAGGCCUUGCAGCUUCUGCCCAGGCUUCUUGGAACACGGGUAGCUCUGAGCAGCCAUGUAAGAAGUCUCACUACCUUGAGACUGCCAUGCUGGAGAGGUCCCAUGUUGACACUCUGGCUGACAGCUCCAGCUGAUCCCAGCAUUCCGGUCAUUCCCAUCAAGGUGUCAGGUAUGUGAAUGAAGCUCUCCAGACCAACCCAUCUGCCUGCUGAAUAUCACUAAGUGAAUAGCCAAUGCCACUGGGAUAGAAGAAUCACCCAGCUGAGCCCUAUCCGAAUUUCUGUCGCAUAAAAUUGUGAGCUAUAAGAAAAUGGUUAUUUAAAAAAAAAGAAAAGAAAAUGGUUAUUUUUUUUUUUUAAAGAUUUUAUUUAUUUAUUUGAGAGAAUGAGAGAGAGCACAGGAGAGGGGGGAGGGCCAGAGGGAGAAGCAGGCUCACUGCCGAGCAGGGAGCCCGAUGCGGGACUCGAUCCCGGGACUCCAGGAUCAUGACCUGAGCCGAAGGCAGUCGCUUAACCAACUGAGCCACCCAGGCGCCCAAGAAAAUGGUUAUUUAACAAAAUGCAAACAAACAACGAGCUUGGUUCUCUCAUUCUUGUUUUAUAGAUGAGGAAACUGACGCACGGAGAGGUUACUUUGUGCCACACACUAUACGAGGCAUUGAAGAUACAAUUACCAACAAAACAGAUAUAGGCUUCUGCUUUGGCAGAGCUCACAGACUUCCUCGGAAGUCAGAAAAUAAAAUAAUCUUUAAAGUUUCAUGGAAGUCGUAAUGGGCAAUGUAAAACUUGCUGUGGGAGCUCCUAGUAGGGCCCUGACCCAAUUCUAAGUGGUUAAGAGAGGUCUUCUUGUGCUAAUGACCUUUCAGCUGAGAUCAGAAUGAUAAGUAAGAGUUAGCCAGUGAAGAUUGGUGAGGAAGGGUCUCAGGCAGAGGGAAAAAAAUAUAUAUGCAAAGGACCAGAGACCUCAGUGCAUUUUAAGAAUCUGAGGAAUUCGUGUGUGGUGAGAAUAUGGAGUUUGUGGUAGGGAGCAUGAAAAGGCUAGGCUCAAGGGAGAAAGUCUCUGUAAACCAUACUGUAAAUUUUGGACUUGACUCUGAGGACAAUGAGAAGCCUUUGAAAUGUUAAGUCAGGGACAUGGCAAGGCAUUUUUGUGCUUUAGGAAGGUCACUCUGGCUGCAGUGCCAGGAAUGGACUAGAGGUGAGGAGAACCAUAGGCAAGGAGACUAGUUAGGAAACUAUAUCAUUCAGACUAAGGAAGAUGAUAGUUGCAGAGGAACUAAAGGAAGUAGGUAGAUUGAAAAGAUUUAGUAAUCAGCUAAAUAGGAGUGGUAAGAAAACAGCAGAAAUUAAGGUUGGCUGCCAGUUGUUGUUUUUUUUUUUUUUAAGAUUUUAUUUAUUUAUUUUGACUGAGAGGGAUAGCAAGGAAGGGAAUACAAGCAAGGGGAGUGGGAGAGGGAGAAGCAGGCUUCCUGCGGAGCAGGGAGCCCGACGCGGGGCUCGAUCCCAGGACCCUGGGACCAUGACCCCAGACGAAGGCAGACGCCUAACGACUGAGCCACCCAGGCGCCCCUGGCUGCCAGGUUUCUGGCAUGCACAAUUGGGUAUACCCUGUAUGUGUUCCAACAGAUGAUAGUAUUUUCCCGUCAUAGUGAUUAUCACACUGUAUUUUGUUAUGAGAGGGCAGGGGCCAUAUUUGUCCUCUUAAUCAACAAGGCCUAGCGCACGGUUCCUGCCUGGCACGUAUGGUAGCAAGCAUUCAAUAAAUAUUUAUUGAACUUAAAUUUAACCGAAUAGUGGUACUGGAGGAAAAACAGGUUUGCAGGGGAAGCUGAAAAGUUCAGUUUAGAACAUACUAUGUUUGUGCUACUUUGGGCAUUGUGAAAUAUCCAAGUGCUUUUCAGUGGACAGUGGAUUAAACUGGAGCUCCAGAGAAAGAUCUGGACUGGAGCUAGGGUACUCAACAGCAUAUGGAGGCCAUUUAAGCUGGGGAGAAAAUAAGACUACAUAGGGUGUAUAGAGUUCAAAGGGCACAAGAUCUCUGACAGACCUCUGUGGUUUAAGGAACAAGCAAAGUCCUUAUGCAACAGAGAAGGGACUGCUAAGAAGGUAAGAACACCAGCAGUGUUUGUAGAAGGAGAGAAUAGUCAAUUGUGUUGGCUGCUGCUGAGAUGCCAAGCAACAUAAGGCCUGCAAAGUACCCCUGUAAAGUCAGGGGUGACCCUAGGGAGGAGGGACCUUGCAGAGGUGAGGGAGUGAGGGGAGAGGAAAUGGAGACCCCCAUAUGUAGGCAACUCUUUCAAUAAGUUUGACUGUAAAGAGGAAAAGAGGGGGAUAGGGUGGUAACCGAGGAGUAUAGUAAAGGGAGGUUUGGCUAAAGAUGACUGAGACUUGAAUAUGUUUAAAAGCUAAAGGGAAGGAGGCUAUAAAGAGGGAGAGGAUAAAGUGCAGGAGAGUUGGCAGAGAAGGCAGAAGAGGAGAUGUGAGCACUUAGCAAACACCAGAUGAAUGAAUGAAUGAAUGAUGAACGAAUGGGAUGAAGUUGGGGACUACUGUGGAGGUGGGAGGGAAUAGUUGAGGGGUAGGGUCCUCCACAUGUUGAAUGAAAGUGGAGCCCACUGAGGAGGAAGAUCACUGAGGCCAAAUCCCAGGACUGGGAAUCCGCCCUCAGAUCAUGUGUCAGGGCAGGAGUGCUGGCUCUCGGGUGUCACCAAGGGGGAGGGGCAGUCCCUAUCCUACCUCUCCAAAGCCAGACCCAGAGCCUCACGUUGUGCAGUGGGGAAACAGAGAAGGGCAAAACAAGAGUGAUUAGGUAAGGAGGAAGCAUCAGUCAGUGGGUGUUUUAAAGCCCUGGAAAUUGACAGGGGAAUUCAGUUCCCAUCUUCCACCAAGGAAAAGCCAAUGUCAGUCCCCCAUCCACCCCCAUAUGCUGUCAUAGCACCCUGUAAUACUUGUCCAGAGUCCUUGAUUCGAUUGUAAUUAAUAAAUAUAUUGUGUCAUUAGUUAAGAUCUGUCCUUAAGCUCCACGAGGGCUGUGUCUAUCUCCUUCCCCUCUCUUAUCCCCAGGGCCUAACACUGUUCCUUUCAAACAGGAGGUGCUCAGCCAAUCCCUGUUAAGAGCAUGAAUGAAGGAACCCGCACACUGAUGUAGGACUCCGCCCCACAGACUAUGUACAGAGUAUUGUUUCAAGGCCUCUCAGCUCCCCAAACACAUCCUGGAUUGAGAGGAUGGUGGUAUUUUCACCUCUUCUUCUAACUUGGAACCCCUUUGUGUUUCUCCCAGCCACUUUCUCUUUCUCUCUACUUUGGUUUCUCUGUCUCUGUGUCUCUCAGAGUCUGCACAGGAAGCACGCAGCUCUAGGUCUGAGGCUAUUGGUAACGGAAACAUUGGUGCCUGUGUAUAUUUAAUAAAGCUCAAAAGUCCUACCACCACCCAGGACCCGCUCCUCCUGCCCGUGGAUUUUCUGAUGGGCCCCAGAAGGUGACGGUACUGACUACAAUGCUGUCAGGCCGGUGGUGGUCAAGUACCCGGGGGAGCCUUGGGCUGGGGCCCCAAAACCCUUCUCGGGGAUCCCAGCUCUGUGCCCUCUAUGCCUUCACUUACACUGGGACAGAUGGCCGGCAAGUGUCCCUGGCUGAAGGGGACAGGUUUCUACUGCUUCGAAAGACCAACUCAGACUGGUGGCUGGCAAGGCGCCUGGGAGCACCCCCCACUUCUCGACCCAUCUUUGUCCCAGCUGCCUACGUGACAGAGGAAUCUAUCCCUUCCCAGAGCCCAACCACCAUCACCCCCAGCCAAUCCUUCCGGACACCUGGGCCAAAGUUGUUUCAUGGCUCCAUGGAGGAGUUGCACCUGUCCCAGGAACCCCCAGGCAGGACCCAGACCACCUCUAAGCAGCCUCCUCCUCUUCCCCCCAAAAUGUGUAGAAGCGUCAGUGUUACCAAUCUGAGGCCUACCGUCCUGAAACCCUUCCAGGAAGGAACAAGUGGCAGAUCCUUCUCUCAGGAAGACUUACUGCCAGAGGCCAGGGCCAAUACGGCAAGACCCCAGCCCCUCAUGUCAGAGCACCCCGUGUACUGCAACCUAGUGGACCUUCGCCGCUGUCCUCGGUCUCCUCCCCCAAGCCCUGCGUGCCCCCCACUGCAGAGGCUGGACUCCUGGGAGCAGCACUUGGACCCUAACUCCGGACGCUGCUUCUACAUAAAUUCGCUGACUGGCUGCAAGUCCUGGAAGCCCCCGCGCCACACUCGUGUGCGGGAGAUGAACCCUGGCUCCAUGGAGGGGACGCAGACCCGGAAUAGGGACAGUGGUGUCCUGCAACCUCGGGCAAAGGGCUCAGAAUCUGAUACGGCGACCCUGGAACUGCUGGGCCCCCAGGGUUCACCCUACCUCGGCCAGCGCCCCUCCCAGCUCCACCCCUCAGACCAGCCUUCAGCCUUGGAGUCCUCUCGACCUCUGCCGCAGGUCCUGGAUGACCCCCACGAGGUGGAAAAGUCGGGCCUGCUCAACGUGACCAAGAUCGCCCUGGGGGGGCGGAAGCUCAGGAAAAACUGGAGCCCCUCUUGGGUGGUAUUAGCAGGUAACAGCUUGAUGUUCUACCGGGAGCCACCGCCCGCCGCGCCCUCCUCAAUCUGGGGACCAGCGGGUAGCCGACCCGAAAGCAGCGUGGACCUGCGCGGAGCCGCCCUGGCCCACGGCCGCCACCUGUCCAGCCGCCGCAACGUCCUGCACAUCCGCACGGUCCCUGGCCACGAGUUCUUGCUGCAAUCAGACCAGGAGACCGAGUUGCGAGCCUGGUACCGCGCGCUGCGGGCGGUCAUCCAACGCCUGGAUCGAGAGAACCCCCUGGAACUGCGUCAGUCAGGUUCGGGGCCGGCAGAGCUGGAGGAGCUGAGCGGCGGGGAGGACGACGAAGAGGAGUCGGAGCCGGUGUCCAAGCCACUGUUGCGGCUCAGCGGCCGCCGGAGCUCCAGUCGGUGUCCCGAAGGAACGGAGCAGAACCGCGUCCGGAGCAAACUAAAGCGGCUUAUCGCAAAGAGACCACCCUUGCAAAGCCUGCAGGAGCGUGGGCUGCUCCGAGACCAGGUGUUUGGCUGCCAGUUGGAAUCACUGUGCCAGAGAGAAGGGGACACCGUGCCCAGCUUUGUGCGGCUCUGCAUUGCUGCUGUGGAUAAGAGAGGUAUAGAUGUGGAUGGCAUUUACCGGGUGAGCGGGAACCUGGCGGUGGUCCAGAAACUUCGCUUCCUGGUGGACAGAGAGCGGGCAGUCACCUCCGAUGGGAGGUACGUGUUCCCAGAACAGCCAGGACAAGAAGGCCGAUUAGAUUUGGACAGUGCUGAGUGGGAUGAUAUUCACGUGGUCACUGGAGCCCUGAAGCUUUUUCUCAGGGAGCUACCCCAGCCUCUGGUGCCCCCAUUGCUGCUGCCCCAUUUUCGUGCUGCCCUUGCAGUCUCUGAAUCAGAACAGCGCCUCUCUCAGAUACGAGAAUUAAUAGGCUCGAUGCCCAAGCCCAACCGUGACACUCUGCGGUACCUCCUGGAACAUUUAUGCAGGGUGAUAGCACACUCAGAUAAGAACCGCAUGACCCCACACAACCUGGGAAUUGUGUUUGGGCCAACCCUAUUUCGGCCAGAGCAGGAGACAUCUGACCCAGCCGCCCAUGCUCUCUACCCUGGGCAGCUAGUCCAACUCAUGCUCACUGACUUCACCAGCCUUUUCCCCUGACUGGGGCAAGGAAGAAGACAAAAACAUGUUUCUACUGAUCUCUGUUAGCUACCCUUUGGUGGUGGUGGGGAUAGUGGAUGUUCUGUUUUGAGGACAUCCCAUUAAAUCCUGUGUCUCCCAGA